CCCGAUCCAGCCUGAUGACCAGAUCCAGCCUGAUGACCCGGUGUUCGUGAUCCAGCCUGAUGACCCGAUCCAGCCUGAUGACCCGGUCCAGCCUGGUGUCUCGGUGCCCGUGGUCCGGCCUGGUGCCUCGGUGCCCGUGGUCCGGCCUGAUGCCUCGGUGCCCGUGGUCCGGCCUUGUGCCUCAGUGCCCGUGGUCCGGCCUGGUGCCUCGGUGCCCGCUGUUCUGCCAGAUGACUCGGUGCCCGCUGUUCUGCCAGAUAACUCGGUGCCCGCUGUUGUGCCAGAUGACUCGGUGCCCACUGUCGAGCUUGGUGACUCAGUGCCCGCUGUUCUGCCAGAUGACUCAGUGCCCGCUGUCAUGCCAGAUAACGCGGUGCCCGCUGUCGUGCCAGCUUGGUGACUCGGUGCCUGCUGUCAGGCCAGAUGACUCGGUGCCCGCUGUCGAGCUUGGAGACUUGGUGACCGCUGUCGAGCGUGGUGACUCGGCCGCUGUCGGGCCAGAUGACUCGGUGCCCGCUGUCGGGCCAGAUGACUCGGUGCCCGCUGUCGGGCCAGAUGACUCGGUGCCCGCUGUCGGGCCAAAUGACUCGGUGCCCGCUGUCGGGCCAGAUGACUCGGUGCCCGCUGUCGAGCCUGAUGACUCGGUGCCCGCUGUCAUGCCAGAUGACUCGGUGCCCUCU